CUCUGGGCUUGGUGUCGCCAGCCCAGCCUCCCAGCUCCUGAAAUUAGCCGCUGCAGACACUGCUCUCCGGGCACUGGGUGAGGAGGCGGCUGGCAUCCCUCGGGCCCGGCCAUGGAGGAACAGGACCGCGCCUGCAGCUCCACCUGGGAGCCCUCACAGGGCAAGAGCCGCCCGGACUCACCUUGGUCAUGGAUUCCAAUAAUGAGAGACCCUGGCUGGAUUCGAAAUGUAUGGUCUUCAAACAUUAAUGCUCAAACCAUGAAUUACGUCGGGCAGCUGGCGGGCCAGGUGUUUGUCACCGUGAAGGAGCUCUACAAGGGGCUGAACCCUGCCACCCUGUCCGGGUGCAUUGACAUCAUCGUGGUCCGCCAGCCCAACGGGAGCCUGCAGUGCUCCCCCUUCCACGUCCGCUUUGGGAAGAUGGGGGUCCUGCGUUCCCGAGAGAAGGUGGUUGACAUAGAAAUCAAUGGGGAAGCAGUGGAUUUGCACAUGAAACUGGGAGAUAAUGGAGAAGCGUUUUUUGUUCAAGAGACUGAUAACGAUCAGGAGGUGAUCCCCAUGCACCUGGCCACCUCCCCGAUCCUGUCGGAAGGAGCCUCGAGGAUGGAGUCCCAGCUGAAGAGGAACUCCGUAGACUGGAUGAGAAGCCUGGACCCCAACACGUCAGCCCAGGUCUUACCUCCCAGCGAGACCCCUUCAAGUGGCUCUUUAGUGAAGAAGCGAAGGAAGAGGAGGAGGAAGUCGCAGCUGGACAGCCUGAAAAGGGACGACAACAUGAACACGUCUGAGGAUGAAGACAUGUUCCCCAUAGAGAUGAGCUCGGACGAGGAGGCCGAGCUGCUGGACAGCAGUAGAACUCUUCCUAAUGAUAUACCUCCAUUCCAAGGAGAUAUCCCUAAGGAAAACCGUUCCCCAGUCAUGACUUACCCUCAGUCAGCAUCUUACCCGAAUUCCGACAGAGAGUGGUCACCUAGCACCAGCAGCCUGAUAGAUUGCAGGAGGCGCCCCCCUCGUCUGGCAGUUGCGGCCGAGGGCGGUCUUUCUAGCUCUUGCCCUCCACAAUCUUCCCACUUCCACGCUUCGGAAAGUCCUUCAGUUUCCCGACCUUCAACACCUAAAAGUGAUUCGGAAUUGGUCAGCAAGUCUGCGGACAGGACAAUGCAGAAGAAUAAUCUAGAAAUGCUCUGGCUUUGGGGAGAAUUGCCCCAAGCCGCAAAGUCAUCUGCACACAAGAUGAAAGAGUCCAGCCCGCUGAACAGUAGAAAAAUCUGUGAUAAGAUGCACUUUCAAGCCAUCCCCAGUGAAUCUUCAGACGUGCUUAGUGAACCGUCACCGACACUGGCUGGGGUGUCUCCCGUGCAGCCGCUGUUGGAGCAGAACAAGCCGCAGACGGAGAUGCAGUUCGUGAAUGAAGAAGAUGUCGAGGCCUUAGGAGCCGCAGCGCCCCCUUUGCCUGCGAUCGAAGAGUCCAAAGCCCUCUCCGCCAGCGCUGCCCCGCCAGCCAGCAAGACAGAUUCGCCUUCUAGGAAAAAGGACAAACGAAGCAGACACCUUGGUGCCGACGGCGUCUACUUGGAUGACCUCACAGACAUGGAUCCUGAAGUCGCUGCCCUGUAUUUUCCCAAAAACGGAGACCCUCCUGGGCUCACAAAACAUGCCAAUGACAACGGAACCCAUUCAGCCAACCAGUCUCCGCAGUCCGUGGGCAGCUCUGGCGUUGACAGUGGCGUGGAGAGCACCUCGGACAGCCUGAGGGACCUGCCGUCCAUCGCCAUCUCGCUGUGCGGCGGCCUCAGCGACAACAGGGAGAUCACCAAAGAUGCGUUUUUGGAACAAGCCGUGUCAUAUCAGCAGUUUGUGGACAACCCUGCCCUCAUUGACGACCCCAAUCUUGUGGUGAAGAUCGGGAAUAAAUACUAUAACUGGACGACGGCAGCACCUCUGCUCCUGGCGAUGCAGGCCUUCCAGAAACCUUUGCCAAAGGCCACGGUGGAAUCUAUCAUGAGGGAUAAGAUGCCCAGGAAGGGAGGAAGAUGGUGGUUUUCAUGGAGGGGACGAAACAGCACAAUCAAGGAGGAAAGUAAGCCAGAGCAGUGCCUGGCAGGAAAGAGCCACAGCACUGAGGAGCAGCCGUCACAGCUGGGCAUGGCCACCAGAAUAAAGCAUGAGUCAUCCUCCAGUGAUGAGGAGCACACGGCCGCCGAGCUGGCCAGCUCAAACCACCUCCCCCUGCUGCCCAGCGUUAGCUACAAGAAGACCCUGCGCCUCACGUCAGAGCAGCUGAAAAGCCUGAAGUUGAAGAACGGACCCAACGACGUGGUCUUCAGCGUCACCACGCAGUACCAGGGCACGUGCCGCUGCGAAGGCACCAUCUACUUGUGGAACUGGGACGAUAAGGUUAUCAUCUCUGACAUCGAUGGAACCAUCACUAGAUCAGAUACUCUUGGCCACAUUUUGCCUACCCUUGGGAAGGACUGGACCCACCAGGGCAUCGCCAAGCUGUACCAUAAAGUGAGCCAAAACGGGUACAAGUUCCUCUACUGCUCCGCACGGGCCAUCGGGAUGGCGGACAUGACGCGGGGCUACCUGCACUGGGUCAACGAGCGGGGCACGGUGCUGCCCCAGGGGCCGCUGCUUCUCAGCCCCAGCAGCCUCUUCUCCGCCUUGCACAGAGAAGUGAUCGAAAAGAAGCCAGAGAAGUUUAAAGUCCAGUGUUUGACAGACAUCAGAAACUUGUUUUUUCCAAAUACAGAACCCUUUUAUGCUGCCUUUGGAAACCGACCAGCUGAUGUGUACUCGUACAAGCAGGUGGGGGUGUCUCUGAACAGGAUAUUCACUGUCAACCCCAAAGGAGAGCUGGUGCAGGAGCACGCAAAGACCAACAUCUCCUCGUACGUGAGGCUCUGCGAGGUGGUCGACCACGUUUUCCCCUUGCUGAAAAGGAGCCAUUCUUCCGACUUUCCCUGCUCAGAUACGUUCAGUAACUUCACCUUUUGGAGAGAACCGCCGCCACCCUUUGAAAACCAGGACGUUCAUUCUGCAUCAGCAUAGUACGUUCUGGGCCACCUCUUGACAUCCUGUGAAGAUCGGGCGCCCCCAUUAAAAGAUAGGUUUGGGAACCUGCAGUCAUUUGCUUAAGAGCAGAGGAGCAUUUCUCUCCCGGUCCCCCUGGCCGGGGUUGACAUUUCUAAGUGAUGUGUACGUCCUAGACGGGACGUCGGGUGCGUCCCUGGUGGGGAGGCCAUGCCCGGUUGAGGCUUCAAGCCCGUGGCAGCGCUGCCCUCCCCAGCCUGCUGCAGGCUGGGAGCGGCUAGUGUGCAAGACGGGCUGUGAACCCGGGGGGUCCCUGGGAUGACGGGAUCCAAGGAGGGGCGCCAGGUGUGCACGACUUCUGGGAGAGUGGGGGACACAUUUGUGCCACGUGGAGGGCUGUGCAGGGUCCCGUGACCUGAAUCUGAGAUCUCGGAAGGGACUCCAGACCCCACCGUUCUGGGCCUUGACCUUGCGGAUGUGCCCUUGCGGUAUUUGCCGACUGGUCUGAUGUUUUUAAUUCCUCUGGUUAAAGCUAACCUAUAUAACUGGCAUAUUUUCCCCCAUUUUUGUGGCACAAGGCUGGAAUGUUUAUGCCUUAACGCACCCGUGGCAGACAUUUUAUUUAGAAUGUGCUUUGUCCAGCUCCCUGUAACUCUGCGAUGCCUUAAGCUCAGAUUGUAGGAAAUAUUACUAAGGCAGUAUUUCGAAUCAGUUCGACGCUCUGCCAGCAACCUGUCCAGCAAUGCGCUGCUGAAAAUGUGGGCUCGCACAGAGCUCAUGCCAGGCGGUGAUGAUGUCAGUUUCUUGGGAGCUCUCAACAGAAACUGGUUGGUUUUAAGAAAAUAGUUUGAAGAAGUUAAAUUAUAUUCUUUGUAGAUAGUGUUAUUUAUUACCUUACUCUGACUGGGUUACUGUUAUAAGCAUUUUAGCCAUGUUCUUUCUAUUAUAACUGUCAGUAAUACAUUAAAAAGAUACACGUGUUAGACCAUCCAAAGAGCCUUAUUCUGUAAUUCUCACAACACUGACCUUCUUUUGGAAUUUAUGAGUCAUACUUUUUAUUUCCCUUAGCUUUUCCCACUCAGAUUUAAGGGCAAGUGGAUAAGUAGUCAUUUGAGUGACAUUCGUCAAGCUGAUAGAAGAUGAUUCUUUUACUUGUUUGUUAAAUUGGGCUGUGGAGAAGAGAAUAAUUUGAAAAGCGAAAGAAUUAUUUUGGUAAAAGAUUUCGCUUUUCGAGCUCUUAUUUUUUUAAAGAGCGUUUUACUCCAGUGGUUGAAAUGCUCUCCUAUUUAAAUCGCACGGUUAGAGUCAUGGAGGCAAACAGUGAAACAGUUGAAUGCAGUUUUACUCUUUCUGUGAAAGAAAACCCAGAGGCGUUGCCUUCCCUGUCGCCGGUGGGCUCUGCUGGCAGCGGACGCCUUUCCCGAGCGGUUCGCGUGGCCACGCGGAGAAACGCAAACACCCGUGCGUAGCUGGUCGCAGAUUCGCGGAGCAGCACACGCCGCAUGUGCAGAUGCCCUUUUGGAGGCAUUAAAAAUGAUUUAACAUAGUCCUGCCUUAACCUGGGAUAGCCAUUAGUGACCUUCAGAGGCUACAUUCAUUCUUUCUGUCACGAGGGUAUUUUGGGGUGAACUUCAACUGCUGUGAACUACGUAGAAGCUCACAGGCCUGCAGAGGCCGGCACAGUUUCUCCCUUGCACUGGGAGGAAUCUGGCUGUGAGACUGGGUGGCCUGUCCCUCGGAGCAGGUGCCCUUCAUCAAGACGACCAGCUGUAGUUCUCCCUCGCAAGAGCAUGCAACUUUGGACCCCCAAUUUUGAUGCACGCUAAGCUUCCACGCCACUGCCCUCUGAAACAGAGCACGCCUUCCAGAAAGUCGCACUCGGGUCUGGGUCAGGUUCAGAGUGUGACCCCUGGAGAAGCAGUGACAUUCACACCUGCCUCGUGGCUUCGGAAAAUGGGAUUCAUGCCCGGACAGCACUCACGCAUGUGCCAGCUGGUUUUAUCUGUGCUCACACAACCGUAACUCAGUGACCCCAAAGCCACGUGCUAGGAUGCUCUAUUUGGACCACGCAUUUCAGAGUUGCCCGAUGGAAACGAAUCCCUCCAUCGCGACAAGUCAUCAAACAUUCAUCACACGUGAUGAAGAAAAAUAUAUGUCCCUGGUACAUUGGAGAAAAUGAUGACAUCUUCAAAGAGGAGUCCCUUUUCCAUUUUAGGUUUGGAUCGCCACUUUAAAUAUAUUUUAUUUACAACGCUUGAUCUGUAUUUGUAUAUGCUGGUACAAUGAUAAAAAAUCACUGUAAUACUUCAUUGCACUGUGCUGGAUGCAAAGCUAGGAUGUAUUGUAACAAAUGAGACGAAUGAAAGACUUCCCUGAAAAUCAGGUGUGUGAAUUUUAAAUAGUUUUUGGUAAGUUAUUAAGAUGCUGAUUUCCUACUGUGUGAUAUCAAGCAUGUUAUUUUCUACUCAAAAAACAAAAAAACGAAACCCUUAACGCUGUGAACUGUUCAUUCAAUAUUUGGAAUAAAAGAGCCCGUCUCUUCUGA